GAACCAGCAGGGAACAGACAAUUAUCAAUGGUGGCACGUCAAUUGAAUACCAUUAUAGAUCUGGUUCGUUGUUAUGUUGUUAUGUAUGGACAUGUUGCUGCAACAGAGAGAGCAGAGUAUAGCUGUAAGCAGCAGGAUAGAUAGGUCGCUAAGGGAGAGGAGAGGUAUUACUACAUUAUAUCAGAGGCUGUCUGCCCUGCAACUAUGUAAAGAGCUACUGAACUUUCCUCAACGCAAAAUCGUGAGUCAUUUCCUGACCGUAACCUUUUGUAGAGAUUCUUGUUACUUUCCCGGUGAAAAAUGGUUAAAGUCCUUGGGACUAUUGACACACAGUGGUAAAGGAUAAUAAAACAGCUAGAAGUACACAGACCACUGACAGAGCGCUUAAUAUCUGUUUGUACACCAAAUGGAUUUGAAAUGACACGCAACAACCAAACACAUAUAGGGCAAAAUAGUAGGACUAAAGUUAUGGGCUAGGAGGUUAAAAGACAAAAGCAAAUACACUAGACAAGACAAUACCUGAGUGGCACAGCGGUCUAAGGCACUGCAUCUCAGUGCUAGUAGGCGUCACUACAGACCCUGGUUCGAUUCCAGGCUGUAUCACAACUAGCCGUCAUUGGGAGUCCCAUAGGGCGGCGCACAAUUGGUCCAGCGUUGUCUGGGUUAGGGUUUGGCUGUCAUUGUAAAUAAAAAUGUGUUCUUAACUGACUUGCCUAGUUACAUAAAAAUAAAUAAAUAAUAAUAUAUAAAUCACAUCUAAAAUAUUUAAAAUCCACUGACUUUUUAGCUGACACAUCGGAUUGUCAAAUGUUUGCCUGCCGACAGUACUUACUUAGCACCUCUGAACAGUGUCGACAGUCAAUCUCUUUUGUGAUCACACAGCAUAGACCUUGACGUCGUCAGCCACUCAGCCUCGUUAAAAUACUCCAAACCAGAAGGUGCUGCUUAGUUUAUGGUCUAGAUUUCAAUGUUAGUAAUGUUAUUAUUUUGUAGAAAGACCUUGUUGAUACUAGCCAUAUGGUCACAGCUAGGUAACUACCUAGCAAGAUGACGAAGAAACAAUUGAAUUCACUCUCCAUAAUCCCAUACUGCCAGUGCUAACCCAUAGCCAAAUGUUUAACUAGCUAGCUAAGGACACUGCUCUAACUCGGAAGCCAACACAGGCAGCUGUUUCAUGGAAACUAAUCCAUUGGGAUUUAAUUAUAAUGUCAAUACUAGCUACAGUUGAAAAAUGGGGGACACAUUGGGAGGGAUUUUAGACCAUUCCUCCAUACAGAAUAUUUCCAGAUCCUUGAUAUCCUUCAUUUGCAUUUAUGGACUGCCAUCUUCAAUUCAAACCACAGGUUUGAUUUUGUGGCCAAAUAAUACUUUUUUUUGUGGGUUUUGAUGUUUGUUUAGUGUCAGUGUCUUGCUGGCAGAAGAAACCAGGGUUUUGACAAAACUAUCCUGGUAAAUGUGUAAAGUUCAUGAUGCUGUUGACCUUAACAAGCGCCCCCAGGACCAGUGGAUGCAAAAUAGCUGCAUAACAUUAAAGGUCCAUCACAUUUGACAGUAGGUAUAGGGUUAGUUUCUGCAUAUUAACUUUUCUUUGGACACAAAACCUACCACUGGUGUGUGUGGCUAAAGAGCUCUAUUUCCAUGUCAUCCAACAAAUGUAAAUUCCUGGAGUUUGCUAAAUGGCAUUGGAACUUGGAUUGGAACUGGUGCUGUGGUCAGAUGACAUGAAAAUAGAGCUCUUUGGAAAUAUUCUGUAUGGAGGAAUGGUCUAAGAUGUGUUCUCUAAUCUAAUAAAACAUUUUAGAAAAAGGCUCAUUGCCGAUAUCCUCGCAAGUUGAGGUAUUGAAAGGAGGGGUGCUAAUGACUAUGACCCCUAUCUUUUUGAGAAUUGUUUUUAUUAAUAGUUAAACAAAAUGUCCCAAUUUUUUGAAGCAUACAAUAUAGCUCAGUAUUUGUAUUAUUUAUUUUAUACAUUCUUUUUUGUUCAUUUUUUUUAUCAAGGGUGGCAAUAAUUUGACCUGUCUGUAUGUAAAUGAGUCUGCACAACACUAUUAUGAAGCAAAUCCUUUGAACAUCAUGCCUUAUUUAAUGAUUCACCCACGCUUACUUAAAUUUGUAGUGCUUCACGGGUUUUACACUUACAAAACUGCUUGAUUAUUCAUUAAUUAAGCAUUGAGAAGGUGUGCCUACAACUUUAGCUGAGGUUCCUCUCAUCCUCCACUAAUUUCCCCGAUUCCUCUUCAUCUUUACUUAUCCCACAUACUUUCCUCUCCUGUCCAUGCCCCCUCUUUUGUAUAUCACCGUGCUUCUGAAAUCUACUCUCCUUCUCCCUCUUUCCUUCCAUCUCUCUCUGCUCCAUUCUUCUCUGUCCAUUUUUCUUUCUCCUCCCACUGGGCAAAAACUGGUUGCAUUAACAUUGUUUUCACAUAAUUUCAACAAAAACAUGUAAUGUGAUGAUGUUGAAUCAAUGUGAAGAACUGAUUGGAUUUGCAAAAAGUCAUCAAUUGUCGAUUCAGGGCCCUCACCAGAGAACCUUGUUGAAGAACCUUCUGAAGGACUACAAUCGAAUGGAGAGGCCGGUGGGCAAUGAUUCACACUCCCUCACAGUCUUCUUCACUAUCAGUCUGAUGCAGAUCAUGGAUGUGGAUGAGAAGAAUCAGGUCCUCACCACUAACAUCUGGCUUCGGAUGAGCUGGUUUGAUCAUUAUCUUCAGUGGAACCAGACUGAAUACCCUGGAGUCAAAAACCUUCGGUUCACAACUGACCAGGUGUGGACGCCAGACAUCCUCCUCUACAACAGUGCAGACGAUGACUUUGACUCCACCUUCAAGACCAACGUGUUGGUCAACUCCAGUGGCUUCGCGGAGUAUCUCCCUCCAGGGAUUUUCAUGAGCACAUGUAACGUGGACGUACGUUGGUUCCCCUUCGACAUCCAAAAGUGUGAGAUGAAGUUUGGCUCAUGGACGUACGAUGGCUGGCUGAUGGACCUACAAAUGAACGAGGCCGACAUCUCCGGUUACAUGUCCAACGGGGAAUGGGACCUAGUGGGAGUGCCAGGCACUCGUAGCGAGGUGUUCUAUGACUGCUGUAAGGAGCCCUACCCCGAUGUGACGUUCGUUGUGACCAUCCGCCGGCGCACUCUCUACUACGCUCUAAACUUGCUCAUCCCCUGUGUGCUGCUGUCCUCCAUGACCCUGCUUAUCUUCCUACUGCCUGCCGACUCUGGGGAGAAGAUCUCUCUGGGCAUCACUGUGCUGCUCUCGCUCACGGUCUUCAUGUUGCUGGUGGCAGAGAUCAUGCCAGCCACUUCAGAUUCCAUCCCUCUCAUAGGACAGUACUUUGCUAGUACUAUGAUCAUUGUUGGGAUGUCAGUCAUAGCUACAACGGUGGUGCUGCAGUAUCAUCACCACGACCCAAACGGAGGCCAGAUGCCCAAAUGGGUUAAUGUGGUCCUACUGCAGUGGGUAGCAUGGUUCCUACGUAUGAAGCGCCCAGGGGAGAGUGAUGACCCAGAGCGACCACCCUGCGCCCCCCACCUACGGCGCUGCUCUUCAAGCUCCCAAAGCGGUAGCAUCCCUAACCCUCCAGACCCCACGCUCAACCCACUGCACCCCCAGAACCUGGCCCCUCUCCAGGCUGGCCCCCUGCACGCGGGUCAACCCCACCUUCACGCCCAGUCCAGCGCCAACAACAACGGAAACCUGCUCUACAUCGGCUUCCAGAACCUGGACGACCCCCCACUGCUCCCAGACCACAUCCAGAGAUACAGCAUCUCAGCCGGGCCUCCUCGAGUAGCAGGCAGCCCCCCUCCACCACCCCCCACCCCCAACGAGGACACUGUGGGCUGCCCUAGCACCAUUUCCAGUGGCGGAGGCUUUGGAAUAGGGGUUGGAGGACAGUACUCGGGAGGGGGUAUAGGUGAUCCCCAGCUCCAGGCUAUUCUGGAGGAGGUGCGUUACAUGGCGGACCGCUUCCGUGAACAGGAUGAGACGGAGAGCGUGGCCGACCAGUGGAAGUUUGCGGCAGCUGUCAUUGACCGGCUCUGCCUGGUGGCCUUCAGUAUGUUCAACAUCAUCUGCACCAUCGCCAUCCUCAUGUCCGCUCCCAACUUUGUGGAGGCCGCCUCCAAGGACUUCUUCUGAGGAAGAAGAGGAUGGGGCAGAGGAGAAGAGAAAGAAUGAGGGAGAAGAGAUGUAGGGGAGAAAGAGCAGGAUGUGGAAUGAUUUGGGGCUUAGUCCAAGAGGGCUAUUGUCAGGGACCCUCCUGUCAAGAUGAGGGGGGUUCUUUGGAGAUGACUAUAGAACAUCUCAAGAUGUUCUCUUGAAGUCUAUCAAUGACCUCUGACGAAAUGGAACAGGAUGGGGCGCGAUGAGUUUAUGGGCGAAGAAUCCAAAAAGGCAUGGUUCAACGACUGUACAGGGUGAAGUAAAUUGUACUGAAUUAUGAGGCUUUUUCAAAGACCUUUAAGAAGUGAAGGUGAACAGGAAGGGCAAUAAGAAAAGUGGAGCAUGGGUUAAUUCAACUGGAGAUUGGGAAGAUUGCAGUACUUACAGAAAGAGAGAGAGGGAAAUAGACAGAUGGAUAGGGCUGUUUUAUUUGAUGUCAAAUCCCAGAAAAGAAAAAAAAGGCAAAGAAAGACUGCAUCAUUUACUGAAACAGGGGACCAGGAGGGAGGGGGAGAGACUGCCUUUUACAAGGAAAGACAAGGAAUGAGUGUGUGAACAGACAAGAGGUUUUCCCUGGUGACAGUGAAGGUGGGAGGGUCAAACAAACUGAACUUGGCCUUGUCUCUGAGAUAGAAAGAACAAAGCGGAUUAGAGGAAUGGAAAUAAUAUCUAAUCUUUCAUUCUGGCAUUUGUUUCAUGGGCAUCAUAUUGAAAGGCCUUAAAUAACAUGCAGCCAAUUUCAGAUCAGUUGAGGCACCAAAUGAAUUCCCAUUUAACAGCCCCAUUUCCUUCCCCAGGCCUGAUCUGUCAGUGGGUUGUCAGUGUAUACCAAUCUCCACUUUUUGUUCUACGGUGUGUAGCGCUCCUUGUGAUUGGGCAACUGCAUUAGUGUGUAAUCAGUGUAAUUGCUAGUAAUUGUGUUACAGUGGAGGGUCGAUCCAAUAAUGACCCAUCAAACAGUCACCUAAUAGAAUUUGGCAGGUCCUAAUAGAGAAGGCUGAUCUCAUUGAGCUCCAAAGUGAAAUCUUAAUAUACUGUAUGCGAGGUUAGCAACUUUAAGAGGAAUGUGAAGGAAAGUGACCCUCAAACCUCAAGAUGAACACACAAAUGACUUGGAUGAUUGGAAUGACACUCAUUUUUAUAUUGCACAAUAUGGUUGACAAUUGAUGGGAGUUUUAUUUUUCGAUAUUUUCAUAUUUUCCAAAUUCAACAUAUACUUACUAAAAUAUAUUUCCUAUCGUUAUUUUAAAGACCUGAGACAGCUCCUGGAAGAUCUCACAUCUCCCGCUCACUCUACAAACUGACGCAUCUCCUCCCUUCAGUGGAAACCUCAAGCUGGGAGUUGGACUGACUCUCUGGCACACACAUGUAUAGAAACAUUUCCCAUCCCGAAAUAAAGUAGUAUUUUUCUACCAUCCUUGCCUUCCUCAACGGACACUGGUGCUGAUAUACGCAAGAGAAAAAUGACAGAGGGGCAGAGAAAGUGCUGACACAGCGCGCGCCGGACAGGGUUUUAAUUGAUUACUCCUUCAGGAAGAGAGGAGGGAGGAAGGAAGGAGGGGGUAGACGGGCCAUGCUCGGUAAUUCAAUGGAUUUAUAAGAGAGGACCAGGGAACUAGCCACUCGACAAAGCAUAACUCAGUCACACAAUAAUGCAAAAUAUGUAGUAUAUUAAUAGUACAUUUUGGUAAAUGCACAUUUUCAAUGUCAAAUGGGUUAGCAUCUAUUGACUAGGAUGCUCAUUAUGCGUCUCUGACAUUGUGUAAGUUUCAGGUAUAUGGUUCUCUCUCCAGUCCAUACAGUAUGUUUUAUUCUGUCAGUAUAAUCAACACUCUGGUUCUCUUUCACUCGCUCUAUUCAUCUCUUUUCCCCCUCCCAUUCAUCUCUAUUUUUCUUUCUCUCUCCUUCUAUGUGUGUGUAGUCAGUGUUUGAGUUUUUAGCAUGUUACUCAGUGUCAGACGGAUGGAGAGGCUAUAUUUAUAGAGGCUGUUCUCCUACUGCAGGUCGUCUGACUGGGUAAUUCUCUCUUUCUAUCCUCUUUCCGAGGCACUGGGGUCGGCAAAUGUGCAGCGUUGGCACUCUGAGCUCCGAGAUUUACUGGGUUCACUCAGAUGGAAAAAGAAGAGAGUAGAUGAGGGGAGAAUGUGUGUGUGUGUCCGUGCUGUUUGUGUGUAGAGGAAUGUGUGCUUGCGUGUGUAAGCUUUGAAUCAGUUGUUUUUUCUGUCUCUCAGUUAAUGAGCAGUUGGAGCCAAGGCCCUCUCCGCAGCGAGAGCUUUUUCUGAAGAAGGACAAUAGAAGUGUACACGUCUAGAAAGAUUGUUUUGAGUGUGAUUGGGCGCUGCAAUUUCACAUUAAAAAGGCACAUUACUGCAGUGCACGGGCGGAAUGAAAACCUACAGCUUGAAUAGAGACCUAAAACACAUGCCUGUGGCAGGCACACUUAAAUAAACUCCAGUCACACACAACUGUUAAUACUGCACACACACACACCAUUUACAUAGCACACACACGGCUUGUAGGUCAACGACCUUAUAAAUUGCACCCUCUCAGCACCCCCCACCGUUUGCUCAGUUUCCCUAAGACAGUUCUGUAUAAUACGACCAUAUUCCCAAUGUUGUGCGGCUGAUCAAUGUCUUUUCAUUACCGGCUGGACGGAAGCGCUGACGUGAGGUAGAGAGCGGCAGACCUGCUCAGGACCGUGAUUAAUGCUUGUACCCGCCCAGUCCCACCUGGGGACGCAUCGUUAGCCUUGAUUAAAUAUGAGUCCCAAAUUACGGCUCUGGUCAAUAGUGAACCAUAUAAGGGUGCCAUUUGAAAUACAACCUAAGCCUGCCAAGCCACAUUCACUCACCGAGCUGAGUGUCAUUCAGCUGUCCCAGACCUCUGCGGUCACAAGGUUAAGUGGCCAGCUGGUCGCGGGCGAUUAGUGAGCCAACGAAGGGACUGUAGUCUGGCCGUAAGUCAAAAUUGGGCAGUUUCCGAGGUGGACUGAAACAUGGGUCAGUUGAUUUUUAUACUGUGUGUCUUUGUUGAUUAAGAACAUUAUUCUUUAGGUAGAAAUGGACUUGCAGAUGGAGAGAAUCUCACCUGGAACAGCUAGGUUGGUCAGGGUUCAAAGUGUACGUGGGUUGAAUUCAAUUGUAGCUCAGAUUUCCAUGAUCAAUGGGAAAUAAAUAAAACAGAAAUCAAGAGAAUCAAUGAAAAUUGUUCAUGAACUAAUUAAAUGUUGAACUCCAACUGAAGACAAAAGUACCUGCUUUAUCACCGAUAACCUAAAAUGUACUGUCAAGUAAAAACAUAAUUCCCAAUAUAGUGUACUACUUUUGACCAGGGCCCAUUGGCCUAAAAAGUAGUGCAAAAUGGUUGUGUUUAGACAGGCAGCCCAAUUCUGAUAUUUUGCCCAAUUAUUGGCAAAAGACCAGAAUUGGCUUGCCUGUGGGAAUGCAGCUUUUGUAGUGAAUAGAGUGCCAUUUGGGACUCAGUCGGGGAGUUCAUUGGUGCCCAUUACCACUGGGGUGCCAGAUUUGACAUACAGCUGUAGCCUCUCAAUUAGAGCCACACUGAUGACUGUUGUAAUCUCCUAAAUAAUGUCCGAGCCCUAUAUAAAUCUACCUGAACAAACCAAAUUCCUCUACCAUAAUGAGAAAUUCAAAUAAGCCAUUUGUUAAGGCUAAAGGGGGAGCGAUCAAGGAUAAAUUCCAGAUCAUUUAUGUAACCUUUUACUUUGCUCAGGUAAGAGUCCAUUUCACCUAUGCUUGUGCUAGCAAGCUGCCUUAAGUCAGUGCCAUCACAGACUGACUGACAGCACAAUAAAGACCUUUGCAUGGAGUGCCCAUUGGACCUUUAUUAUUUGUCAGUGCUCUUGAAGUCUCUUUGCCUCUUCAGUCCAGGGUGCAUUGCAUGGUGCCGUUGUGAAUGUCAGGCUCCACUCAGAGGCACAUCGAUCUGCAGGUUGAACAUGGUGAGAUUGUAGACUCCUAAAUUGAUCAUUCAGUUUUAGGCGAUAUUACAGUUAACUAGUUCCUUCACAUGGUGAUAUUGACUUGUAAUUAUUGUGUGUAGCUACAUUUACUAGCUAUCUAGCUAGCCCAUAAAGAGAGCAUUGCAUUGUGGGUUUUGUAGUAGACU